UAAACCAAGCUUACUACCCAAUAGAUGGAGUGUUGAAAAAGAAACAUUUUACUCUGCUUAGUUGGAGUUAAAAACUAAUAACCUCCUAUUUUAGCAAACAAGCCCUUCAAUUCUAGGGUUUUUCUUCAUAAUUCUGGCUCAAUUCAUCGAAUCUGAGAAGUCUAGUUUUCGCGGUGGAUCCAAUUUGAUCUGAAGAAUAACUGUUUCACUCGAUUUUAGGUGAGGACAGUGAAUCAGGAUUUCGACGAAAAUGACGCAAGACGUUGAGAUGAAGGAGCAGCAGCCCACCCCAUCGAAUUCCGUCUCAUCAACUUCUCCUUCAGCUCUUCAGCAACUGAAGGACAUAGCUGCAUUGAUCGAGGUGGGGGCUUACGCUAGGGAAGUCCGUAGGAUUGUCAGAGCUAUUCGGUGGACAAUCCAGCUGAGGAAGAAGCUCACUGCUUCCGUGGUUUCUGCAUUUCUUAGUUUUGUGCUUUUGCCAGGAUCCGAAGUGCAUACUCGCUUGUCUUCAUUUGUUGCAAAGGAGGACGAUCAUGAUAUGGUAAUUGAUACAGCAGCAUCUGGUACCCAAACCCCCGCAAAGCACUCCUUACCCGAGCUUGAGAUCUAUAGCUAUUUGCUUGUUCUGAUAUUUCUGAUUGAUCAGAAGAGAUACAGUGAGGCUAAGGCUUGCUCUUCAGCUGGCAUAGCUCGUCUAAAGAGUCUCAAUAGAAGAACUGUUGAUGUCCUAGCUUCCAGGCUCUACUUCUACUACUCUCUAAGCUAUGAACUUACUGGGGAUCUUGCUGAAAUACGAGGUAAUCUUCUCGCUCUACACCGAACUGCGACUUUGCGCCAUGAUGAGUUGGGUCAGGAAACACUUCUGAAUCUGUUACUGAGGAAUUACCUCCAUUACAAUUUAUACGAUCAGGCAGAGAAGUUGAGAUCAAAGGCUCCCCGUUUUGAAGCUCACUCAAAUCAGCAGUUCUCUCGGUAUCUGUUUUACCUUGGAAAGAUAAGGACAAUUCAACUAGAAUAUACUGACGCUAAAGAGUCUCUACUCCAAGCUGCCAGGAAAGCACCCAUUUCUGCCCUUGGCUUCCGAGUUCAGUGCAACAAAUGGGCCGUGAUUGUCCGCUUGCUGCUUGGAGAGAUUCCAGAAAGAACCGUUUUCAUGCAGAAGGGGAUGGAGAAGGCACUGCGGCCAUACUUUGAGCUUACUAAUGCUGUUCGUAUUGGAGAUUUGGAGCUCUUCAAAUCUGUAGCUGAGAAGUUUGCAAGCACAUUCAGCUCUGACGGGACAAGCAAUUUGAUAGUUAGGCUACGUCACAAUGUUAUCCGGACUGGCUUACGAAACAUCAGCAUCUCAUACUCCAGAAUCUCACUUGUUGAUGUUGCUAAGAAGUUGAGACUGGAUUCUCCGAAUCCUGUUGCUGAUGCUGAAAGCAUUGUUUCCAAAGCAAUCAGAGACGGUGCAAUCGAUGCCACGCUAGAUCAUGCUAAUGGAUGGAUGGUAUCGAAGGAGACUGGGGAUAUUUACUCUACAAAUGAGCCUCAGAUAGCUUUCAACUCGAGGAUUGCCUUCUGCCUGAAUAUGCACAAUGAAGCCGUGCGUGCCCUCCGUUUCCCGCCCAACUCCCACAAAGAAAAGGAAAGUGCAGAAAAGAGGAGAGAGAGGCAGCAGCAAGAGCAAGAACUUGCGAAACAUAUAGCUGAGGAGGAUGAUGAUGAAUUCUGAGGGGCAUAUCGUUGCCUAUCCCUUCCUUUUAUCCAGAAUUGCCCAAGUUUCGGUAACGGUGUUCCAUUUCUAUAGACUUUUGCAUUCUGUUUGUAUGAGUUUUCUGUUUUAGGAUCUAAGUGUUAUUUUUUAUUUUUAUUUUUAUUUUUAUUUUUAUUUAGAUUGAUCUGAGCUGAGCUAAACCCCUUUUCUAGCAUAUAUAUUCGCAAGGAACGUUUUGUUUCUAAUUUUGAAGAAACUUCAGAAUUUAUUAUGAGAGCAACUUUAUUACAUUA